AUGUCUGGGAAUCCAUUUAAUAAACGACAAAAAAUCCCCUCGAAUGAAGAAGAUAUUGAGAUAGGGCUGGCGACUAUAGUUAAGCAAAGAGCCUCUCCCUCGCCAACGGCAUCAUCCUCUUCGCUAUCAGCUGGUUCCUUCGUUAGAUCAAGGACCCCAAGGAAGCUAUUAGUUGGUCAAACAGAUGGACAGUCUGUCCAAUCUCAACCGACGAACUCUUCAUCUUCGCUACAAGCGCCAAGUCUACAGCCUCCUGAUUCUUCGUCAAGAGGUCGUGAAAAUAGGACAUACUCUCAGUCACCACCAAGAUCACCAGGUAGAUCACCUGCAAGAAAGCUGGAGCUUAUCCAACUUUCACCGGUAAAGAAAACUAGAUUAGAACUACAGAAGAUUCACGACUCCCAACAGCAACUGACCCAGAAGGCAGCGGGCAGAUUAUGCAUUGAUAGGCUGAUUUUGAACAACUUCAAAUCGUAUGCAGGAGAGCAAGUUGUAGGGCCCUUCCACAGCAGUUUUUCUGCGGUUGUUGGACCAAAUGGUUCAGGAAAGUCUAAUGUUAUCGACUCUAUGUUGUUCGUGUUUGGUUUUCGGGCAAGCAAAAUGAGACAGGAUAGAUUAGCCGACUUAAUUCAUAAGUCAGAAGAGCAUCCCAAUCUAACGUCCUGUUCUGUCGAGGUUCAUUUUCAUUAUGUUAUCGAUGAGGAUGGAAAGUCCAAGGAAAAAGAUGAUAAACCGAAACUAAUAAUCACAAGGAAAGCCUUUAGAAAUAAUUCUUCCAAAUAUUAUAUUAACGGAAAUGAGAGCAAUUACACAGAUGUCACCAAGUUACUCAAAGCUGAAGGUAUAGAUUUGGAUCAUAAGAGGUUUUUAAUUUUACAGGGUGAGGUUGAAAACAUCGCACAAAUGAAACCAAAAGCUGAAAAAGAAGGUGAUGACGGUUUGCUGGAGUAUUUGGAAGAUAUUAUAGGGACAUCCCAGUAUAAAUCUUUAAUCGAAACCAAUAGUGCCACCAUUGAAUCUUUGAACGAAAUCUGCAUUGAAAAGGAAAAUAGAUUUCAUAUUGUCGACCGUGAGAGGCAGUCUUUGGAAUCAGAUAAGAACGAUGCUUUGGAAUAUUUGCUGAAAGAAAAACGCCUGACUCUGCUAAAGUCGAAAUUGCUACAACACAGUAUAUAUCAAAAUAAUACGAAGCUAUCUAGUACUUUAGACAAGUACAAUAAGAUAAAGGCUGAGCUGGAUCAUGAAGGCGAAAAAUAUGCAGCGAGGAGCAAAGAAGUGGAAACUAUAAAGGUUCAAAGUCGAGACAUCACAAUUACACUGCAGAAGUAUGAAACCGAAGAAAAAGACCUGUUGAACAAGAAAAGAUCUCUAGAUGCUGAAAACGUUUCAAUGGAAGAAAAGAUCAAGAACAUAAAAAGGAAAAAGAAACAAAUUGAGCAGUUGCUAGAGAGCUCAAAUCGUAGUAUGAAUCGGUCCCAAAUUAAUUUAGAUGAACUACUGGAGGAAAAAAAACAAAACGAGAAAAGCCUACACUCUUUAACGGAUGAUUUGGGAGCCGAACGUGCGAAACUGGAGGAUAUAAAACUAUCACUAAAAGAUAAAACGAUUGAUAUAUCAGCGAAAAUAUCUGAAUAUGAAAAAGAAUUAGAACCAUGGAGUGAAAAGCUGGAGGAGAAAAAGGCGCAGAUUCAAUUGGUUGAAUCCGAGAUAUCACUUAUGGAAGAGUCCCAGAUGAAAUUGAAUACUGAGAUUGAUACACUGAUAAAAGAAAUAGGCCGCAAUAAUGAAGAACAAGAAUCCCGAAGGGAGCGUGUUGAUACCCUUCACCAGGAAAAGAAAAUCAUCACAAAGGAUUUAUCUAACGGAGAGCUAGAAUGUUCAAACGCCCGUAAGAGACUUAAAGAAAUGCAGCACGUUCUUUUCUCCCACAGACAACGCGCAAUUGAUGCUCGUGCUGCCCUUUCUACGGCUGAAAACAAGAGCAAGGUAUUAACAGCCUUGACGAAACUUCAAAAAUCCGGCAGGAUUAACGGAUUUCAUGGAAGACUAGGAGAUCUCGGAGUGAUAGACAAAAAAUAUGACAUAGCUAUAUCGACUGCUUGCCCGAGACUUGAAGACAUAGUAGUGGAGUCGGUGGAAUGUGGACAGCACUGCAUUGAAUACUUGCGAAAAAACAAACUGGGAUAUGCCAGAUUCAUUCUUCUAGACAAACUACGAAAACUUGAUGCAAACCAAAUUGAAACUCCAGAGAGUGUUCCAAGAUUGUUUGAUCUCGUUGAGCCAAACGAGGAAAAGUUUAUUCCUGCAUUCUAUAGUGUAUUACGCAACACUUUGGUUUCAAAAGAUCUCGCUCAAGCCAACAGAGUCGCUUAUGGCAAAAAAAAGUACAGGGUUGUGACUCUUGACGGAAAGCUCAUAGAUAUAUCGGGUACUAUGAGUGGAGGCGGGAAUCAUGCUUCCAGAGGUCUCAUGAAACUAAGGCAAAUGCAAACAAUAUCAUCAGAGAUUUAUACGCAAGAGGAAGUAAUAGAACUCGAAGAAGCACUUUUAGAGAGGGAGAAUAACUUCAAAGUAACAGGGGAUACUUUCCACCAAAUGGAAGAAGCAUUAGAUUCUCUUCGUGCCAGAGAACCAGAAAUUGAUCUUUCAAUUUCUCAACUCAUGAUGGAUAUUGACUCGUGGGACAAUGAAUUGCAGCUCAAAAAGGACCAGCUAUCUGAAAGAAGAAAAGCUAAUGAAAGUUUAAAAGCGGGGCGCAAUGAUUCGUCUCAGGUGGAAUUGCGUUUAAAACGCCUUAAAGAGGAACAGAAGUCUCUUGAGGAGCAAACCAAGAGCAAAAUUACCAAUAUCAAAAUAUUGAAGGAGCAAAUAAUGAAAAUAGGUGGAAGUGAAUUACAGAUUCAGAACUCCAAGGUUAACUCCAUCCAAGAACGCAUUGAACUACUCAAUACCAAACAAAAGAAAGACAAAUCUGCUCAAAGAAAAGCAGAAACUGAAAUCAAAAAGCUAACCAAAACUCUUGAAACUUCUAAAAGAGAUUUAGAUUCUUAUAUUGAGCAAAUUAAAACUCUGGACGAAAAAGCAGAGCUGAAUAUCGAUGCGCUUCAAAGAAUUCAAGACUCCAUCGAAGGGUUUGAAAACUUGAAACAGGACUUGAAUGACAAACUACAAUCGAUUUCAACGCAACUUAUCGAAAUGGAGGAAGAUUUAAUGAAAUUCAAAUCACUGAAACUUGAAAUGGUCGAUAAAAUGGAUAAAUUAAGUUCCCUGGCCAGUCAUAUUAAAAAAGAAAUUCAGAAGUCAGAGGAGGAAAUUGACAACUUGAAGAUUAGGGAUGUUUCGCAAAUCCUUCAAGUACUUAUUGAACAAGAGGCCAAGGAAAAUAUGGCAGAUCCUUCGAAAAGAGCUCAAAACGAGAUAUUCGAGCUUAUGGAGCAUGCAUUAAAGGCGGAAGAAGGAAUCGAAGAAAAAGAAGACUCAGAAAAUAAGGAGCAUGAAGCAAAUGAAGAAGGAGAGCAGCUUGACAAAGACCAGAUGUGCGUUGAUCAAAAAUACGAUGCCAUGGAGAAUGGUUUGACUAGGAUUCCGCAAAAGGAACUUGAAAGUUUGGACUUGGAAGUAUUAAAGGCGGAAAUGGGGCAAUUACAGGAUUAUGUUGAUCAUGCAAGCGCAAAUAUUGAAAUUCUUGAGGAAUAUGCUAGAAGAUUAGCAGAUUAUCAACUCAGAAAACUAGAUUUAAAUGAUGCUGUCGAAAAGAGGGACGGAAUGCGGCAAAAGCUCGAUGAGCUAAAGAAAAAGCGAUUCGAAGAGUUUAUGCAUGGGUUCGGAAUAAUAUCAAUGACACUUAAAGAAAUGUAUCAAAUGAUCACAAUGGGGGGAAAUGCUGAGCUGGAACUGGUUGAUAGUCUAGAUCCAUUUUCCGAGGGUGUCACGUUUAGUGUAAUGCCCCCAAAAAAGAGUUGGAGAAACAUCACAAAUCUCUCUGGGGGUGAAAAAACUCUCAGCUCUUUAGCUUUGGUGUUUGCUCUUCACAAGUAUAAGCCCACACCAUUGUACGUCAUGGAUGAAAUAGAUGCCGCGCUUGACUUUAGAAACGUCUCAAUUGUAGCCAAUUAUAUUAAACAAAGAACAAAAAAUGCGCAGUUUAUUGUAAUUUCUUUAAGAAACAACAUGUUUGAACUGGCUCAACAAUUAGUUGGAAUUUACAAAAGGGAUAACAUGACGAAGAGCGCAACGUUGAAAAAUGUCGACGUUCUCAAGAGCAGUUCUUAA